UCACGCUCGCUUGGUUUCGCUUCCUUCCACGCGCGCCCAGUCCUUACUUGGCUUCGCUUCUUACACGCUCCGAUCGUCCGGAGGCGGCGUUAGGCUCAUCUCCUUGUCCGCACACUAGCAGCUCUGUUAUCUUCGAAGCCUUCCCCGGAACUCCCCACCAAAAGCUUGCACGAUAGGCUGUGCCGUCGAUGGCGAUGAUUGGCUCCAUUCUUCAUCUCCACGCCAUUUCCAAUGGCCUUUAUCACGGAAGUCUUUCUUUUCCCACUUCUUCCGCCGCUAAAAUACAGAGGAGGAGAGGGAGUUUGAGAGUGAUGGGCGACCAAUGCAGGAGGGGACCUAAUGGAAGAGGAGAAUAUAGGCAUGGAGAGACGCUGUUGUGCUCCGUCGCACCAUUUCCCCUUCUGCUUGCGGCCACGCUCCCUGGAGCUGAGGCAGUAAGAUCUGCUUUUGAGCCAUUUGUUGAGCUUGUGAAGACUUGGAAUCUUCCUGAUUGGCUUGUGCACUGGGGUCAUCCAGGAAAUAUGGCUGUUGUUCUCUUUGCAAUGGGCGGUUAUGGAUCAUAUCUGGGAUUGAGAAUAAGAUUGUCAAAUGAUGCAGAGGAAAAAGCCAAGGCGAAGGACCUGCAUCCGAAGCUCCUUGGAGGCAUGUUUUUAUUCUUUGCUCUUGGGGCUACCGGGGGGAUAACAGCUUUACUGACUUCUGACAAACCAAUUUUUGAGAGUCCUCAUGCUGUCACUGGAUUUAUCGGCCUGUCCCUGUUGACGAUUCAGUCUCUUUUACCAACCUUGUUUGAGGAGAAUCCAGGUAUGAGGACCGUCCACGGGCUCCUUGGGAGCAGUAUCAUGACACUCUUUGUACUCCACGCAGCCCUUGGCCUUCAGCUUGGCCUCAGCUUUUAGGAUUAUCGCUGUUGUGUAACAUUUUUUUGCGGAGCUGAUGGAUCGCAUCUGCAGUUUUAACAGAUUCCUUCUUCAACUAUUCCCAUCAUCAAUUGUCCAUUGAGAAUUUUAGAAUUCUUGAAAACGAAGCAUGUAUUGUAAAUGCUUAGCUGCUAUAGCUGAAUAAUAUUAUCAUCUAGCAGUGCUUGCUCCCUUUCAUUAUUUUCA